AAGUGAAAGAGAGCUUCUUGUGGAUGACAUACAGCGCAUUCGCGAGGCCCUCCGAGUUACAGCUAAUGCAGUCAACAAGUUGUCUUCUGAAGAUGAAGAAGACGAUGAAGAGUACGAAGAGGAGGAAGAGGAAGAAAAUGAGCGACCUUGCACUGACAAGGCAAGCCUGAAAAAUCCAAUUUCAAUCAAGUCUCCUCUGCAGACAGUGAAUUAUCUCUGUGCCCCAAAACAGGGUAGUAGACUCCCCAGGAAAGGAGAAGUACUCCAGGAAGAUAAUUGUGGAGGGCAAGAACAGUUGAGUGAAAGGACACCAUCUGAUUCAAAUUGUGUCAAGAAUCAAGGCUUUCUUAGUGGGUUGCCAUGCCAGGCACAAAUAGACACUAAUUUGUUACCAUCUCAAAACCAUAAUGUUUCUUCAGAUGAGUUUAUCUUGACUGAAUUACAGCCAGUACGUUUUCAACCCUCUGUUUGUCAUCCUGAUACUAGUCGAGAAGGGCAUGUUGCUAAUAGCUGGCCAGUUGAGCUAAACCAGCAUCAAUGUCAAAAUGACGUUAAUCAGCUACAAAAGCAGCAAGGUCCACCCUAUAAUGAUGAUGCUGAUGAUGAGUUUGACUGUGAUUAUGGGAUGAGCAGUGAAAUUCACCAAUGCUUGAGCUUGAAUAGAGACUAUCAGUUGGUAAUAUUGGAUGAACUUGAAAGAAUAGAACAGGCCCUUAUAAGGAACAGACAAAAGCAGAUAGGACUGCAUCAAAUGAGAAUGAAUAGAGAUGACACAAAACCCGAGCCUCAUACAUUAAUCAAGUUUGCAAAUCCUUAUUUUAAAGAUUCAAGUUCACUGGGACCCCCAGAUAAUGAUGACACCAAGAUAAAGAGGCAGAGUUCUCAGGUCGGAGGCUACCAGAUUCCAUCCAAAUGCUGGAAUUUGAAGGAGAAAAGCAGUUUGGCUGAGGGAGUCAGAAUGCAAAAUUUGGAAAAUAAACUUUCUCCUGUGCUGCAAAAGAUCAAGUUAUUAGAAAGCACAAAAGAGAAAACUAAAAGGGAAUUGAAAGAACUUGAAGAUCUCAAGGCAGAGAGUGUAAGGAUUAGAAAUUUAGGAAACGAAGCACUGGAACGAGACCUAGAGGCUAUUGACUGGGACAAAUUAAGCAGCAAAUAUCUUCCAAAGCGUUCAGGAUUUGAGUGCCGUUUGCAGUGGUGCAACUUUGGACAUCCUGAUGUCAACCGAACACCAUGGACUAAAGAAGAAGAUAAGAAGUUAAUUCAACUGGCAAAAGACCCCCCAAAUACCUGGGAUAUUAUUGCUCAAAAACUACAGACUAAGCGCACACCUAUUCACUGUUAUGAGCGCUACCAGAGAAGCCUGAACAAGAAUCUUCUAAAGAGUAAGUGGACCCCAGAAGAUGACCAACAGUUGCUCGAGGUCGUACGUGUUGUUGGCCUUGGAAACUGGCCAAGAGUGGCCAGUUUCUUAGAAGGUCGCCAUGGAGACCAGUGCUUACAUCGUUACACACAGACACUGCAGAUGGUGAGGAAAGGAAAAUGGGAGGAAUUUGAAGACGAGCUUCUGAAGAAGGCAGUUGGCAAGUAUGGGCCUUGCAACUGGAAUAAGCUUUCAGAGAUGGUACCUGGACGAUCAGGUCCUCAGUGUCGAGAAAGAUGGGUAAAUGCUAUGGAUCCAAAAAUAGACAAAGGACCUUGGACCAAAGAGCAAGACAAAAACCUUUUGGAAAAUGUUGAAAAAUUUGGCAAAGUCGUUACACUAUCGUCAAAACACACUUCGCAAGAAAAGAGAACUGGUAGCCAACUUUACAGGAAGAAGACAAGAAAGACCGGAACUUAGACCUGAGGAUCUUGACAUUCCAGAUGUUCCUGUUGUGAGGAAACGCAAAGGACGUGCACCACGUCCCAUUGAAGAGGCUCGUGCAAUGAGAAGAGCGACUCAGAGAAAAUUCAGGGAGAAAAAACGUGCGGAGAGACGAGAAGAAGAAAGAAUCAGAGCCGAGGAGGAAAGAGCUGAAAAAGAACGCAAAACCAAGACGACCAAUAAUGGUGAUAGCGACCUUCGUGAAUCAGAGAGAAUAAGGGCUUCGGAAGAAAGACCUGGAAAGGAAUAUCAAGAAGGGCAACAAGAGGCGAAUACUGGCAUUGGAGAGGACAAGUUCCCGCGCACGAGGAAAGCGGGUGGAAACAGACACAGAGUUCAGCAGCGUCAUCACCGUGUUCUUAUGGAUAACAAACAGCUGUUCAAACGGAAACAAGUUGCCGACAAAAAAGAGCAACGUCACACGAGAAGCAGCAGCGGAGAGAAGCAGGUGACCGUAUCGGGCUCGUUAGGGCCUUUCUCACUCCUUCUGCAGGCGUUCAGUAUCGACAUUGCCACAGUCCUAAAAGCUAUUCAGCAGACCAGCACGACUCCAUCCUUAGUAUCAUCGACGGUCACCAGUGUUGGCUCUAACACCGGAGCUUCUGUGAAGAGUGAGGAAGUUAAUUCAACUAAAGAACAGUCUGAGGGGCAAUCGUGCGGUGGUGUUGAAAGAAUGGAAGCUCAAAGGGAAACCGUGGACAGUGAAAUUCUUAAUCCCAUGUCGUGCGAGAGUGACUUGCAUAACUCCACGUUAGACAAACAAACCUCAACAGAGGCAAAUGAUCACGAAGAUGCUGAAAAAACUACUGAAACUGAAUCACGAAUUAAUAAGGAGAAACAGUGCGGAACAAUUGAUACACUCGAACCUAAAAAUACAGAUAUGGAAUCCUCUCUUCGCAAAGAAAUUCCAGAUACGAGGACCAAUAACAAGGCAUCCGAAUCAAGUGAAAAUGCGCAUUCAGGUUCGUAUCGAGUGGAGGCUGUAAAUAAACCACCUGCAGCCAGUUCUGCUGUCCUAGCAAGCCAGACUACGCGUAGGCGUGCACCGGCGAUUCCUCCUCUUCCCCCGUGCUACACAACCUUAAAAACGUACAAAUCCCUUCAGCUACUUCGCCCUCAAUUGCAGAAAAUCGCUGCCAUGCUGAACAUAGUUCCCGUGGUUAGCACAACAGUCUCAUCAACCUCAGGACAGUCUUCUUUAUUGAGCAAAUCCGAUAGUCAUGGGAACAAGGAGACAGGAGUGACAUCUGACAGUGGAAAUGGGGUUGGGGGUGUAAAUCAGCCGAAUCCUUGUAAUUCAGCGAACAAAAUUCAUGAUAACGAAGACAGUUUGGGGAGUGAAAUCGCGAACAAUCACGAGGUAUCGCUUGAAAAUCCAAGUGAUAAAGAAAGAAACAAUGUGUCACAAUUAAAUGAAGAAUCUUCUAAAUCUGUUGGCCAUGGGGCUGAGCCAUUAGAAGGUACUGAAACAGCGGCAGCGCAAAGUCGCUUUAUUCACAGUGAAAGGAAAGAAUCGCUGUCCAGUGAAAAUCCUAGUCUUUUACAAAUCGGAAUUGUUCCGUCAACGGCGACAGCUAACGAAGAAGGAAACAGAUCAUCCACAACUGACGUUGAGACCAACAGACCUGUUGACAGCAAUAGGCAACAGGCGGCACCGGUCAUUCCUUUAAAUAACACUUCAUAUCGUAAUUCCUUCGAGUACAGAAUGCUAUCUUCGCGAUUCAGCUCUUUGUUCUGUUGGCCAGCUCUCCUUUCGAGAAUUCCGGUUAACCGUUUUUCUCAAAUUGGACCUGUUUUUGCUGAGAGGCAUCCUCCACCCAGAGGGGGAGUCCAAAGCUCAAAACCUAAAACAGUCACCAAUAGGCGUAAACAACGUGGCCUUGCUGCAGUGAGAAUGGCCUCUUCUGCGUCUUUUUCGACUCCGGGCCAACAGAUGUGCUCACUGGGGCAAGGAUUUGCUAUAAGGAAGAAUGUUCCACCCAGUCAGCCGAGUAAGGAAUCGUCUGGGUCCAAGGAAGUGGUCGUUGCAGCCUCUCAGUUGCUAUCACUUCAAGAGUCGACUCGGUCGUUGUCAUUGUCCACUGCCAACAAGAGACCUUGUAGCACACGUCAAAAUAAAAGAAAAAUUACCCCAGUUAAACGAUAUUCCAACCAAGAGUGCGAAGCCAAAAAGAAAAAAACUGUCUUAAGUUCGGACUCUCAUUCUUCGCCUUCAGAGGAUGAUGAUGGUGAUGAUGAUGAUGACGAUGACGAAGACGAAUCCGAUUAUGUACCUGGAAAGGAAAUCCGCAACGUCAGGGAAUUUCGUUCAACACCGAGCACUCGCCGAUCCUCUUUACGGAAUAUGGUGUCCCAAACGCCUAAAGAUUCUCAAUCAAUAUCAGGUGUCCAAGCAGGUGCUUCUUCUUGUACCACGCAGGGUGCAGCUAAUAACGCUUAUGAAAUUGUGUCUGAUGACCAUGAAAACUCAAUCGAUCACAAUACGAAUGAAACUGGGCCUUUGUUCCAAGAUAUCAACGAAAGUGUACCUCAAGGUGAGGAAGUACUGAAACAAGAUGCUAGUGAUGUCAUAAGACUGCAGGACAGCAAUACAAGCAUCUCGUCAUCGAAGGGGAAUACGAAGCCCAAAAAGACUGGCGGAGCAUGCUGGAGAGCAAUGCUCCCGAGGGUCGAUGAUUGUGAAGGGACUGAUGUCGAUACACAGUAGAAAAUGCUAAACCUGCCAAUUUGCAGUCCAAUUUUCUCGAUCAUUGUCGCAGAUUUUGAUCAGCAUUCUGAGCCACGACGUGCCGGGACCUUUAAACUUAAAUUGUUUAACACCUUUACAAUGUUGCUUGGAGAAAUAUAUAUUCGUUGUUCUUUGCAAACAAUAAACCACAUGAUUUUGUAAAAAUAAAACACGAGAUGUUG